AUACGGGCAAGCGGUGACCUUUCAUUGUUGCCCCUGGUUACGUCCAACAUCAUCGGCUCAAACGUGUUAACAGUGCUGUAGACAUCAUAAAAGUAAACAAGAUGCCGGUUAAACAAGUUGCAAAACCCAAACAGGUACCUGAAAGGCAAAGGCGGAUGACACGAACCCGGCAAGAAGAUGACGCUACAGAUGUAGGAGAGGGCACAGAUGCUGAUGAUUGGACUCAGACAAAAACUCUUAUCAAGCCUGACGAUCAGCUUGAUUUGACUGAAGCUGAGCUGAAAGAAGAGUUUACCAGAAUCUUGACAGCUAACAACCCCCAUGCACCACAAAAUAUUGUUCGCUACAGUUUUAAGGAGCGGCAGUUCAAGCAGACAUCAAGUGUUGACCAGCUAGCAGUUCAUUUUGCCCUAGAUGGUAAUAUGCUGCAUAAGGACUCUGAUGAAGCACGACGUCAGCGAACUCGUCUUGGCCUACCAGAUAGUGUUUCUAGUGAGCAUGUAGUAAGUGAGGGAGAAGAAAAGCCCGCAGCAGCAGAAGGAGAAGAGGGGGUAGAAAGAGGUGAAGGAGCACCAACAGAGUCUGGGGAAGGAGAAGCAGUUACACCUGUUCCUGCAGAAGCCCAUGGAAAAGAGAAAAAGCUCACCAAUCAGUUUAACUUCAGUGAGCGUGCCUCUCAAACCUACAACAAUCCCUACAGAGAGAGAGGCACAGCAACUGAGCCACCACCCAGGGCAACUUUCUCUUCCAAUGUUACACAGUGGGAAAUCUAUGAUGCUUACCAAGAAGAUUUUGAAAAGCAGGAAAAAACUAAAGAAAAGAAAGUGAUUCCUGGACGCAGGGAUGAAAAGUCGAAGAAGAAGCAUGCUAUUUCGGAAACCUCGGGAGAUGACCUAUCCAGGGUGUCUUCAGCAGCCAAAAUUAUGGAACGAAUGGUCAACCAGAACACAUUUGAUGACAUUGCUCAAGAUUUCAAAUACUUUGAAGACACCUCUGAUGAUUAUCGUGAUCAAGAGGGAACUUUGCUGCCUCUGUGGAAAUUUUCUUUUGAGAAAGCUAAGAAAUUAGCUGUGACGUCACUCUGUUGGAACCCAAAGUAUAGGGACUUAUUUGCUGCAUCCUAUGGAUCAUAUGAAUUCAUGAAGCAGGGCAACGGUCUGAUUGUCUUCUACACCUUAAAAAAUCCUUCCUUUCCUGAAAACACCUAUGAAACAGAUAGUGGAGUCAUGUGUCUGGACAUUCACCCUGACCAUCCAUAUCAAGUGGCUGCUGGAUUCUAUGACGGAAGUGUAGCUGUUUUUAACAUUGUGGAAAAGAAAGAUGGACCAGUACAUCGGUGUACAGCAAAAAAUGGCAAACACACUGAUCCUGUUUGGCAGGUCCGUUGGCAGAAGGAUGAUGCAGACAACAACAUGAAUUUCUUUUCCAUAUCUUCUGAUGGGCGCAUUGUUCACUGGACCAUUGUCAAGAAUGAGAUGAUCUUCCAAAAUGUAAUACAGCUUAGCUUGUCUGAAGGCCUUGCAGAUGGACCAGAUGGUAUCAAAAUUCCCACAACAGGUUCUGGCACAGCAAUUGACUUCCAUAGACAGAAAGACUACCUGUUUCUUGUGGGCACAGAAGAAGGUAAAGUUCAUGUGUGCUCCAAAGCAUACAUCUCCCACUUUAUCGACACCAUUGACUCACACAAUAUGGCUAUUUACAAGGUUGCAUGGAACUGUUAUCACCCCAAGAUAUUCAUUACUUGCAGUGCUGACUGGACUGUAAAGAUAUGGGAAAACAGUGGCAAGACCUCGGAUAUCAGUGAGCCUACCACCAGGAAGCCACUUUUCUCAUUUGAUCUGAACAAUUCAGUUGGGGAUGUGGCCUGGGCACCAUACUCGUCUACUGUUUUUGCUGCUGCUACUUCAGAUGGAAAGGUUUAUGUCUAUGAUCUGAAUGCCAAUAAAUAUGAGCCACUGUGUGAACAAAUGGUAGCUCAGAAGAAAAAGACGAAACUGACACAUAUUGAAUUCAAUCCUACAUACCCUAUCAUUAUAGUUGGCGAUGACAGGGGAAAUGUAACAACCCUGAAGCUCUCACCAAACUUGAGGAAGGUUCCAAAGGAAAAAAAAGGUGUUGCUCCGAUGGAUGCAGCCCAAAGGGCAGAGUAUGAGAUCAGUAAGCUGAACAAAAUCUUGGCCAUGGUGAGAGAGCAGCCUGAAAACACCAAGUAACUCACAGGAUGAAGACAGCUGUCACUAGACAAUUGAAAUGCAGUUUGAUAUUGAUGGAAACCACUCUCAAGAGCACUCAAUGCAAUAUGGGACUUUUUCUGGUUGAGAAUCACUAUUUGACAGUGUUACAGUGUAAAUCUAAAGCUUCAAUAUCAAAUGUCUAAAACAACCGAUCAACACAAACAUUUUGUUAAAUCAAAACUAGGGAUCCCAGCAGGUUUAAGAAAACUUGGAAUCACACUGCAACAAUAUCUAAUCAUCUUAUUUUUUAUUGUAUCAUCAUGCUGAACAUUUCUAUUGUACAUUUUCAGAUGACCUUGAUAGAUUUGCUAUCCUUGCUAUGUUUUGACAGAUUUUGCGAUUACUGCUGUUGUUUCAUAUUAUCCAUACAAAGAUUCUGUUAGGAAAUAAAUGAAUUUUGAUGUAGUCUAU